AUGGCCGAAGAUGAAGUCGUCGACGAAACGUCACAGAUCUCGGCUACUGACUCGAGCGACGAUGACUCCGAGGAAGAACAGAUCGAAACCCUUGUUGCCGGCAGGGAGAGGCGGAGGACCGCAGGCAAUCGAUAUGAUAGGGACAUGGUACUAGAAGAAGCGGGUGACGGAGAGGAUGCGGAUGAGGUUGCACUGCUUUUUGCAGACAAUGAGCAAGAGGAGGACGACGAGUUCAACAGUGGCGACGAUGACGAAGACGCCGACAUGUCAUCGAGUGACGAUGACGACCAAGGACCCAAUGCCACGGUCGACGAUAUGGAGGGCGAGAAGGAGCUUCAGAAACAAGCGAAAGCCGAACGAGCAAGGAAGCGUAAAGCCGAUUUGGCUUUGACGAGUGUUGCCGGUCUCCGGAAAAAGCUAAAGACCGAUCCUACCAGACCAGCAGCUAUCACCGCGCCGGCAAAACCUUCCAAGAAGAAAGAGAGAGUAACUUGGGUGCACGAUCCAGAUUCUGGGCGAAGUUCUUUACGGAAGCAGACAAUUGCUCAUCGAGCCGAAACUAUCGCACGACUGAAGGAGAGCGAGGCACAAAGCAAGAAGCUUAAAGCGCUAAAAGAGCAAAGAGACAGAGAACGGGCAAAGGAUGCCCCAAAGGAGCUCACGCAGGCCGAUCGCUUGGCAGAAGCUGCAAGGAUUGAGAGACAAAACGCGAAGAGUUUGAACAGAUGGGAAGCUCUCGAGAAGAAAAGGCAAGAAGAGCAGGCAGCAAAGCUUGCCGCGCUCAAGAACAGGAAACUCGAAGGUCCUGUCAUCACUUGGUGGAGCGCAAAAGCAACCUGGGUUGGACCAAAGCUGAGCAAGAUUGGGACGAAAGACGCCGGCGAAAUCUUUGAGGCAGGCACGGAACCCAAGAAGCGUGGUAGGAAGUCUAAAGCAUUCCUCGAACAACAGGCGGCCGAAAAAGCAGCUCAAUAUGCGGUACCUUCAACCACGGCAACAUCAUCAGAGCCUUCCGCGACCUCUCAACCGAAGCCAGAUGUGCCAGAAACAGCACCAACUGAAGGACUGCCGACUACGCCGUCACACCCAGAUGCGGCUACGCCGAUGGAGCUUGAUUCGAACCAGCCACCCGAACAUCCAUCGAAACCUGACCAGAGUGUGGCCUCCGAAACAGCAUUACCUACGCAAACACCCUCCGAAACACCUGCAUCACCUAUGGCCACAACAUCGAAACCUUCACCGGCGCCUGGUGGUGACAUCGAAAAUCCUCAUGAAGCCAUGGAAGAAAUGGCAUCAAAACAAGAUGGAGCGCCGCCAGCAGUCGAAGAAGACUCGGUUUUGAAUGGUAUUCAAGAGUAUGCAGACAUGCCUACAGAAAGCAAUGCAUCGGGAAGCCGCCAUGGGAGCCCUGAUCCGAAAACAGCGGCAGAGCCAGAGAAGACGGUACAGAUUUCAGACCCGGAACAGGUCAAAGCGCAGACUCGACCAGAGCAAGAAAAGAAAGUCUCCGCGGAGACCGCCUCCACUGACACAGAAUUCACCGAAAUCAAAACGGCCCAGGAGCCGAGUCUGGAGACGGAGGCAAAACAGACAUCAGAACCUCCGGAUAUUUCGGUCUCCAAUCCUGUGCCAAAUAGUCCGGUCGGCGGCGCCCCUGUUACGAAUAUACAGUCUGAUCCGCCACAAGCAAGCCCACAAGUCGAUCCCCAAAAGACUGUAGUCAAGGUGGAAGGUAGCACAGAAGCACCUCUCGCAGCGGCAGCACCACAACCCGAGCCAACCGUGGAGUAUUCAACGCGGAACAUUGUGAUUUUGGAAACGUUUGACGAGCUUUCCGACGAUGGUCGACGUGAUUACGCCUUGUUCUACAACAAGACUGUGAAGAAGGUAGACAAACGGGUAAAACAUGUUCAGGAACUCUGUCCUAUCACAGCCCUGCCCGUCAGAUAUCGCGACCCGGGCACGGGAAUUGGCUAUGCCAAUGUCGUUGGCUACCAAAAACUCCAGGACUUGAAGCAGCAUCGCUAUAUCUGGAGCAGUAUGCUAGGAUGCUAUGUCGGCCGCGAGGGAGGACCAGUUGCCCGUGGAGUGCCUGAGGGAUUCGCGGACAAGGCUUGA